CCGGUUCCUGCGGCGCUACGCAUUUCCUGCUAUAGUACGGAUGUCGCGCAGAUUUUGUUCUUCACGGCUUCACUGGCUGAAACCUGAUUCUAGUGGACACUGUGAAUACCGGAAAAGCGCGAAGUUUGUGCCACUUUUGGAUUGUGCAAGUGAUGCUGGAUUGACAUAAUGGCAGCGUGUUGUUGAGCGACCUCUUGCCGCUGCGCACGACACGCACCGGGCCUUCAGUGAGAUCGUCACAGCUCGCGCCUUUCGGUUGACGACGGUGGGGACAAACUGCGACGCCCUCACCCACGCGUUUGUGUGACGUGCACUUGCGUUUUCGUGGUGGUGAUCUAAGUGCUCUUUCAUCGCGGUGAGCCGUGCUUUUGAGUGGUUUCUGGCGUCCUGGGUAAAGCGCUGUGUGCAUGACAGAGUGUGUUGGAGCGUGUCGCUUCUUUUUCUGUGCUUCGUCGUCGUUUGGAUAUUGCCGGAGGAGAGCCUUAUUGUCGGAAGCAUCGUGCGCCUCUUUUCACCGAGCGGAUAGCGACGCCGUUUGUCGACGCACGCCGUUGCUACCAUGGCGUCGUUGAGAAGCCGCAGGGAUCAUGGAUACCGAAUGCCGCUCUACAGGAGAAGGGGAUCUGCCGACUCCAACUACAGCCAGCCAUCGUCCGACCUCUCGCUCGACGAAACUCGCGAAAAGCAACGUGCUGACAGAGAGAACAAGGCAUUGGCACAGCUGCGGGCGGCAAGGGAGAAAGUGGUAGCAUUUACGGUGAGAACUAACAUGGCAUAUGAUGGAAGUUUGGACGAUGAUUCACCUGUCCAUGGCUAUGCUAUCUCGUUUGGAGUCAGAGACUACCUUCAGAUCCUGGAGAAAUUCAACAAUGACUGGUGGGUGGGCCGUCUCAUGAAAGAGGGCUGUGACAUGGGCUUCAUUCCUAGUCCAGCCAAACUGGAAAACCUAAUUUUACAGCAAACACAAACCCGUAGCAGUAAAUUACAUUCAAGGGGUUCGACGCCACCUACUCCUGAUCAGAACGGUUUGGAGAGCAAUGUAGAGGAGAGCGACAGUCCCGGCAACACGAAGCUUGGACGGGGAGUGAUCACCACCCUCCCUGCCAAGGAAAAACGGAAACCAUUCUUUAAAAAGACGGAAAGCUUAAGUCCGUACGACGUAGUGCCUUCAGUGAGACCAGUGGUCCUGGUGGGGCCCUCUCUCAAGGGUUACGAGGUGACAGACAUGAUGCAGAAGGCUUUGUUCGAUUUUCUCAAGCACCGCUUCGAAGGCAGAAUCAUAAUAACCCGAGUGACUGCUGACAUAUCAUUGGCAAAGCGCUCUGCCGUCAACAACGCCGGCAAACGUGCGCUUAUGGAACGCUCAAACAGCCGAACAAGCUGCCUAGCGGAGGUGCAGCAAGAAAUUGAACGAAUAUUCGAGCUGGCACGGACGCUGCAACUGGUUGUCCUUGAUUGUGAUACCAUUAACCACCCCUCACAGUUGGCCAAAACGUCACUAGCACCUAUCAUCGUGUAUGUAAAAAUAUCUUCACCGAAGGUCCUUCAACGCCUUAUCAAAUCUAGAGGCAAAUCACAGAGCCGGAAUCUCAACGUACAGAUGGUGGCUGCGGAAAAAUUGGCACAGUGUCCACCUGAGAUGUUUGAUGUGAUUCUGGAUGAGAACCAGCUGGAGGAGGCGUGUGAACACCUGGCCGAGUUUCUGGAAACUUACUGGCGGGCUGCCCAUGACAACCUGCCUGAGAACUAUGCCCAGCUCAUCCUUAACACCCCCUGUGCGGGCAUGCUGCCAGAUCUCAACCAGGAGUCCCUCGCUAGCCACCGCACCACUCACCCCAAGAGCAUCGAGGCUGAGAGGGCACCCAAGGAGCAGGGCCGGGAGACAGACGAGGAGCUAGAGUCCCUGUCUCACCAUCGUGGCCACCACUACCAACAGCAGCAGCAACAGCAGCAGCAGCAGCAAUCAGUGGCACACCAUGAGGCCAUGCCCCACAGCAGUUCCUCACAAGGGGUGGCAUCCAGUCGGCACUCAGCAGGCACAGCAGCCACACACAGCACAACAGCACAGCUACACUCGCGACCACGGUCACAUCACCACACCUCCUACUCCGAGAGGCGGCUACCCCGACAGCCGGGCGAGAGAAUUUUGAGACCUAAGCCGAAACAAGUACACUUCCAGGUUUCUUCUCCGGAAGGAGACCUGUUUUCGGCAAGCUGUCGGGGGGAUGAUAUGUACCCGGUGCACGAUGACGAUGAUGAUCCCGACUACUAUGGUGACACGCGUGUGCACCCACCGCCACCCGUCAUGGCCACCUCGUAUCGCGGGGCCGGGAGCAGCAAUUUCGAUGACUGGGAUGAUGCUCCGGACCCGUAUCUUGAGGACAAGUUUGGUGACAUAUCGCCACCGCCUUCGCACCUCCGACACCACCACCACCCACACUCUGUGGCACCACAGCGACGGCACCACCUUCACGGCCGCCGUCCCUCCGAGUACGACCGUGACGAGUGCGACGACGACCGCAACUAUAGGGGUGGGGGCAGCGGGAGUGGUGAGACAGGUCUCCACAGAGGACAGAAGUACCCCGUCAAUGUGCUCUAGCAGAGACUUUGCCCUCCUUGGUCUUGGCUUUUUAGCGGCAUCACGUUGUCACCAUAGACGGGUGGUGAUUAUGAUGCUCCACGACGUGCCAUGGCUUGGCAGCCACCGGCAGGGCUAGCGCAAUGUCGGUGCUUUCUCGCUCGCUGUGUAUCCUCUCCAAAGCACAGUUGCCACUUUGUGCAGCCAACUGUCGUAUUCUGACAAAGCCAGCCCUCCCAAACAGCGCGGGCAGGUCACAGGCUUGGCUGCCAUUGCCACGGUGGCUCUUCCUCGGGCAGCAGCGUUAUGCACCUGUGCAGCCCAUGCGAGGCACCCCUCAAGAUCCUGCCUUUUUCAACAGCAAGCGGUUGACGUCUUUCUUCAGCGAAAAAGGAAACCGCGUGGUUGUGCCACAGGACCGGAGAACGGUCCUUCUCCCCACCCCCUGUCUCCCCCAAUGUGCGACACUCCUGCAUUUGUAACCAAGAGAUGAAAGGAGAGAACACAUCUCUCCACUGCAACUCUCUCAGCAAGCUCGCCUUACGCGUCCACAACCACCAUUCUGCUGCUCAAUGCAAAAUGCUUUUUUUUCAAGCGUCUUGCUGCGACUGUCCACUGCAAGGAUUGUCACGUACACUUUCAGGAUACUUCCUUGCAAGUGCUUUUCAACUCCUCCUGCGAUUUUUCACUGGCCAAGAUGGCACUCCUUUCUCGCCUGAGAGUGGACAUUACUCACUGUGCAGAAUGUAGGCGUUCAGCGUAGCUCUACUGUUUGCACCUUUCUAGUUCCUUAAUUUCUGGCAUUCUUUGCUGUGAGUCAGCAAAUGGUUUGGGUCAAAGGCCAUCACAUCUUACUCUGUGCCAGGUAGAAGUUGUGUUGUUUAGGCGUGUGCCGACUACAGUUCUUGGAGGCUUAGAAUUUCCUGUGGAAACUCGAACUCAAUGACUUGAGACCUUACGUGCACCAGGGGAUUCCUAGAUAUUCAGGGAGAUUUAAUUUUCUUUCUGUUGCAAUCUUCAUACAUCAAUUUCGUUCCUUUUGUCAAGGGACAUUCUUUUUUAGUGACAGCUUUUCUUAGAUUUCUUAUGGAAGGUUUUAGAAAAAGUUGCUAGGACGUUAUAGCAUUGUUUUUAAUUUUCAUUCACAUAUUGUCUCUACUUCAGUUUAUGACUGUUUCUAUUUGAGUCAUUUCAUGUCACCAGCACCUGUCUGGCAAAUGUUGUGCAACUUUCAUACAAUACAUAAUCUGCUGUUUUAAAUCCAUCGUUUACUCUCAUAUUUAACCGGCUUUAAUAAGGUUUAAUUAGCAUUCAUGUCUCAAGACAAAUGUUCUUGAUUUAUUCAAAAAGGAAACUGGUUAAUUUAAAGUUCUGUAAUGUAUUAGAGUUUGUCAAUGCCGCUAGGUGGUAGAAUGUCGCACGUGUGCCAAUUUCAGACACUUACGUUGUCGUAAUUUUUCAAAUGUUGCUGCUGUUUUAUUAAGAGCCCUAUUCUUCUGUUUAUCAGCCAUUUACACUGAAAAGCAUAUUGAUUUAGUUUGCUUUCAUAAAAUUGGAAGUUGCUAAAUAUAUUGCAACAUUGAGCCCAAGCUCAAGAUUCUUUUAUCAGUCUUUCAAUUAAAGUCAUAAUAAAUAAAAGCAGCGUGACACUUAAAACAUUUUUCAUCACUGCGCUAUACCUGUAACUUAUAAAACUAUCUACAACAUGCGUAGUUGCCCCUUGAGAUGGGAGCACAUUUUGGCAACCAUCUUUUGAUGUGCACAAAACAAUGCAGGUUUGCAUUUUCAAAUCGAGCUAAAUUGAGUUACUAUAAGAAGUCUUGUUUUAGUAGCUAUGCAGAGAUGAAGUUUAUAAAAUUAGCUUCAUAACUAGAACCUUUCACUUUGCUUUUAGGUCGUUUAGGCCCUAUCGUGUAAUGCACAUCUGUAGUGAAAGAGGUGGUUUUUGACGAGUCAUAAAAAGCAUACCAGAGGCAUGUGGAGUGCAUAAAAGAAACUGACUUUAGAAGCACAUUUCACAUUUUCUAAGCUUCUCACUAUUUCCUUUUAUCCCAAAUCACUUUAAAGACCUCAUGACUGACUUUGCAUCAAGCCAAGACUUUUGUGGAAUGGUUAGCGUUUUUUCAGUUGCCAUUGGCCUCUGUGUUUCUAAAUAGUUUUUUUUUUUAUAUCUGCAAGCAUACACUUUAGAAACUGGUAGACUCUGUUUGGCAUUACUGUUAGAGAUACCUUAGUGCAAGAUUCCAGACAAACACAGAGCACGAAAAGGCAAGCACUAGCAAUGCCCAUGACUGUUCCUCUUGCAGCAAAAUUUAUUUGGUCAGCUGAGUUUGUUUUGUAGAUUUAGCUUGGGUUUGGCAUGUGCACAGAGUUCGUAUGGAUUCUAUGCAUGAUGUCUUGCACACAUAGUAAACAGGAGCAGCUGUUUUUUUAUGACUCUCUUCAGUGUUUUAUUGUGUUUUAUUUGAUGAAAAUUUGUGAGUGGUGUAUAUGCACCUGUUCGAUAUGUUUGUCUGUACAGUGAAUUUCUGUUGGAUAGGAAGAAUUUGUUCUAACUCCCUGAAGUUUUAAGUGGUAUGAUGUAUAUAACAUUUGUAAGUGUUUUCUCUUUUUGUUUUGUUUUGUUUUUAAACUUGAACUUAGCCGAGUGGAAAGUUGAAUGAGCCAUUGUGAUAUAAAUGAAGAUCGACUCUGUACUUGCAGUAGCUUAUAAUAUGCAUUUUGCUUUUUGUACUGGUAGGCUUCUGCGCUCUUCUUUUUUUUCUUUCAUUUUUACAGCAAUUACCUAACCUUUUCUGUUAUGUUAUACUGGAGAAUUAUAUGAUAGCAAUUCGCUUACGUUUAAGCUGGAUGAUGUCAUUUAGUGGAAUUAAGGCUAGAUAGCUUUGGUCUUAUUGUUUGUGACACCAUGAUAUCUGAUGCUGAAGAAUAGACCAUGGAAGAACAUAUUUGAAACUCUUUUCUCCUUAAGCACUCGCUCCAGUUCUGAGUGCAGUUCUGAUGCAGUUCUGAGUGCGCGUAGGUUACAAACUUUGCUGUUACCAACGAUAGUGUUUGCACACAGGUAUACCUUCAGAUGUGCCACACGCAUGCCAGAGAUGCACAUAGGCAGAAGCGCGUUAAUGAGGUUGCUGCACCAUACUAUAUAUAUAAAUAUGUACAUUACCAACUGUAGCUGGAGGGACAUGAACAGGAUUGCCAUGUGGCAACUCUUUUGUCUGUUGAAGCUGCCUUACAACUGCGACUCUGUGACAGUGACUGCUCAUGUUAGGUGGGUGCAAGGAGAGCCAAAGCAAGAACAGUGUGAUGUCUUUUUGAUAAAGCUCUGCGAUCCUUGCCUCUACAUUCGAAUGUCAAAACCUGUUAUAGCCGGUCGCAGGACAUUCACAGUUACUGCGCCUGUACUUGACAAGGUUUUAGCUCCGCCCACUAAGCCUUCAUUUCUGGCUUUCAAGCAUACGCAACCCAUUUGGGAUACUGUAGAGAAUCCUAGCGGCACCAUGUCGAGGAGCCAGCCAGAGGCGUUCAAUUGCUAGGAGGAGGCUCCUGUGAAGCACAUGUGGUGCCAGUUUACAUAAAUAGUGUUCCAUAAAAAACUUUGGUAGCAUCCUCUAUGGUGUCCUGGUUUUAUUCAAGGAAAAUGGCAUGCACUUGAGACCAAGGUACAACUCUUGGAUACUAACUGCAUUUUGCAGUGUGGAGACGCAGCUGUUGUACAUCCUACAGUGCCACAUCUGUGCAUGAUAAACCCACUUGCAAAUGAAUUCUUCUUCUGGGCGUAAAUUUACCUCAUUGAGGAAAAGUUUGAGAUUUGAUUCCUAUGCGUGGAAUGCGAGAGGGCGACACCAGCUGGAGAGGAUGAGCUGCAGUUCAGUGUUUGUCUUACUGCUGGCUUACUUUCAUCUCUCAAUACAACUGUGGCUACAGGUCUAACCUUGCUGCACCAAAGGGCACAUUAAUCAAAUAGCACGCUUGCUUUCAUGUUUUAUGAAGCAUCUAGCUUGGAGACGUGUGCUUCAUCACAUGGCUUCUUUAUAGAAAUAAAAGGGCUUUUGUAUAAACAGAACAUUCUGCUACUUUCAUGGCAAACAUGUUUUGUUUUUCUUCUGCGUAGGUACUGAUCUUGUUGUUUUUUGAUGUCUGUGCAUUAAGAUUUUUCUUGGCCUUCAGACAUUGCUUUAACAAGGGUGAUGUUCAUGACAUAACCGCUUCCACUUAAUAUUGAGGUCAUUGCACAUUCGUAUCUUGUAAGCCACACAUGCAACAUUACAAUCACUUCACGAUAAUGUAAAAAUCCAUGCAGCUCAUUCUGCAUUCUCUAUGGCCAUCUUAUUUCAGACAUAUUUCUGUAAUUUUAUUAGACACAAUCAUGAUUUUAUUAGCUUAACUAGUUAACUUUUGUCUAUGGAAAACGUAGUAUUUUAACUAAAGCAGCAAGGACUGUGCGAAAUAGAUUUUUUUAUUUUCAUUAUUCAGGAGCGCAAUAAGAUUAACUGUUGUGCACUGGAAUGUUCUUGGUCGCUGAACAGCCAUAAUGACUUGAAUUGUGGGUGCAGCAACAGUUCAAGUUUUUGAAUUGAUAGGGUAUAAGGAAUUUGGGGCUGAUAAUUGCCAACUCAGCUUCCGCAGAAGCUUUAGCUUCUGGUGUUUCUAUAUAAAUGUAGGCAAACACAGAAAUUGUUUUUUCACAACAACCACUGGAUCACAUUUAGUGAAUUAAGUUUUGUUCCAUUCAAAACAAAAAGUUAAAUUCUGGUGACUAUACAAAAAUUUAUUUUAUGUAGGGCAAAAUUUAAAAAAAUAUAGUUGUAGUAAAUUGCAGAUUUUCAGUCACAAAACUAUAAAGUUUACAACACUGUAACCUAAAAAUGACAAACAAUAAAUUCUGUAACCUGCACAGUAUAAUACACCUGAAGCGGAUAAACUUACAUGUGCACAUGAAAUACCAUUAUUUACGAAUUGUACCAUUAUACCAUGAAAUUAUACCAUGAAAUAAUAUUACUUCAUGUAUAUGCCAUGACGGUGUAUAUAGGUAUAUGGUGUAUAUGAUUUUGUAUAGGACUUUUGCAAAACCCUCGAGACAUUCUAACGAUUUUGCAUUAGCUGUGAAUUCAUAUAUCAAAUUUGUCCUGUUUAAAUGCUCUAACAGGUGCUCUAACAUCUGUAAGCUUUGUGCUUAUAUUUUCUACAAACUAACAAAUUUCUGGAGAUGUCAUUAAAAAUUUAAAGCCACAAUUUUAAAUGUUGCCUGCUAGUCACUGCAAUUUAACUUUUAUCGCUUAAACACAACAAAUUGCUUUAAGGUCAGCACAGGGGUUGUCUCGAAAAAGCGUUCUCUGCAUUUUACGUGGAUUUCAACGGGCAGAAUUGGAGUUGGUUUCGAGUUAAAGUUUCCCCUUUAUUGCGAAUCGCUUAAAUAUUUUAGAUGUUUAUCCACUACAUGAAACCUUUUUGCUAUAUUUGCCAAAAGCUCUUGUGUUGAUGGAAGUGUUUUUUUUGUCUUAGACAUAAAAUAAAGCAAUUUUUUUUAUUGACAUAAAACAGUCCUUGCUGCUUUGAUUUUUGGUUAAACCAGACAUGCUUUCAGUAACGUAGACACAGUUAAGUUGCAUGUGCAGUUGUACAAGUUCAUGUCAGGUGACAGGCAGGAAUAGCCAUUGUCUUCACUUGCAUUGCAGAAAUGACUUGUCACAUUUGUAAACACUGUGUGUAAAGCAUUUCAGCAGUUUAUCUUCUGUUGUUGCUUUUGUUUAGCAGACACACAAUGUUUGGUGACUUGCAGACUAGCUGAAUUUAGUAGAACCUUGUUAUAGAAGUCUUGCAGACAGUAAAAUCCUACUUAAUAUAAACACAGGCAUUAGCCUUGUCAGUCUUUUAGACCUUUCUAAAAAAAACUGUCUGAAAACCUGGAAAAGGUGUUCAAACGAAAGCGAGCUACUUCAGACCCACUGUAGCGCAAAAGAAACACAAAGAAACACACCCUCACACCAAAAUACUUGUGGCUUUAAGCUGCACAUAAUUUGAAGUUAGUAUUUUCUUUUUAGCCUAGCAAACUUUUAGCAACACUGCAUGACAUAUUGAUGUCUUUUGAUGCGCUAGUGAACAUUUUCUUUUUUCAAUUUUAAAGCAGCCUUGGGUGAAGUAAUGCUUGGCAAGCCAUUCAUUUCUUUAUUAUGGGUGUGCUACAGCAUGGUUCUACUGUGCAAAAUCACCAUUGCAGAGCUUAAUAUUUUUUUUUUGAUAAAGAAUGCAAAAACUAUGCCUGCCUAAACUAAAGUUUUUCUGUUGUGUAAAUGUAUACAGAUAUACUUGGAGCAUGCAAUUGUAAAAUAAAACAAAAAAGAAGGGCUUGAGGAUGAAGGAAAAGAGAGCUGUGAGAAGUGAAACAAAGUCGCUCAUGGUGUCAGGAGCAUAACUAAAAUUUGCUCAGGACAUCACAGCCUUUCCAAGGAUGCAGAGAUGUGACACAAAUGUAACAUCGACCUAACCUUUGUAGCAAUGCAUACGCGACUGUAACGGCCUUUAGCACUGAUAGUCCUUUCAUUGUCUCUAACUGGCGUUUACACGUGGCAUUUCUUUCGCAUUUUCCUAGCACACAUCAUGUGUAGACAGGGAUGUUGCGUCAUCGAGUCCUUCUUUCGUUAUAUUUUUUAGCUUCGCUGGCGAUGAUGACGCUGCUCUGAGAAGCAAGUGCAGGCCUCUUGCUUUUCCAUGUAGUUUUCCCUCUUGCCCAGGCACGCUAGCAAAAGUGAGCACUGACCAUAAUUGGUCUCUGGUAUGCACUCAUGCUGAGCUAGCUGCUAGAACUGUACCUGCUGACCUCAGUGACUUUCUUCUUCUCCUGGGGACUUUCUCUGUAUACACGCGGUGGCCCUUUGUGGCACUGGGACCCUGACCGUUCAUCGAACAACCAGCCUCAAAUGUUCUUGUCCCCUGCGCUUCAUGUCCAGUCAUGACUCACCCACAGUGUGCAUAUGUGUGUGUCAGGCUCUUUAACUGCUUUUGUUUAUUUUCUUUUGUGGGACAUGGUAGUUCUCGCCUGUUCGCUUGUGCUCGUUAAAUUCCCUUGGCCACAGUGUGUGCAGUGCAUGGAAUUGGUGAGAGUGCCUGUGUGUGUUGUGUGCAUCGCUAGCACUUAGGUGAAUGUUCACAGAAGGAGUGCUGUGUGGCUCACAGUAUGAGUGGCAUGGUUGGCAUGUUGAUGCUUUGCUUCCCAUUCCACUUAUUUGGUGAGCAGCGUUGCGUUUGCAUGUGUGUACUUUACAGUGACCACGUUCAUGCGCGAGACAAUAGCAACACCGAUCAAACAUGUUGCAAUGCUGCCUGCGCAGGGCUGGCCGUGAGAAAAGCGGAUUAGGUGGUAGAAGAGCUCAGUUCUUUUGAUUGGAAAGAAAAAUGCUACAUUUACAGUGUUCAGCGAUGCCACCGUCCUUUUGCUGAUCGGGGCAGUGCUGUUAUGAUAUCGGGUAUAGUCACAUUGGGUGGCUACAGCGAAUACAUGUGCCCCUGAACGACAGUUUCCCACUGUGACCGAGAAUGAAAGUGAGUGCAGAUAUGCUACCAACUAGAACUGCUAUUGUAAGAACGAACGGGAAAUAAAUACCGCUCUGCACUUUUGCUCUCAGGAGUGCUAGUGGCCUCUUUCCCAUCCUGUCAAUUUUGUAAAACAAGAAAAAAAUGAUGGUUGUGAUGCAGGUUACAUCGCAUGUAGUUUAAUUAGUCACACUCCUUUCUGAGUACGGCAUUUAUGUAUGCUCUGUAGAGUUCCCAUCUUCCAUGAAUAGCAGCAGCAUUUUGCUCACAAUUCUUUUAGCUUUUAUUGUUAUCCAUUCUUAACUGAGUUGUGGCGCAAGGUCUGUGCUGCCUGUGUGGCACAGGUGUGGGUGAUAUGUACAUAUGUGUACGUAAGAACGUGUUGGUUUCUCUCAAGCUCUCUCUAUCUCUCUCUCUCAUUCUUUCUCUAGCUCUGGCAUUCUUCCUCUGCAGAUUUCUUUCCCCAGCAGUGUUUGAACUACUAAGAGACUCCCUUUCCCACCCUCUUGUAAAAUGUGCAACGUUUGAAGUUUUCUACUCAUCCUCUCUUUCGAUGAGACAAAAGGGCUGGUAUAUAUACAUAUAUAUACAUACAGGCAAGUGCUGAUGCUAAUCGAAAUCUGUGUGAAUGAAGAGCGUAUGCUCCUUGCUUGCACGCCAGUUCUGAGCGUGCUUUGUCGGGAAUUGUGCUUUGCUCUUUUUUUUUCUUGAACAAAGCGUUUUCAUAAUGAAGGCUCCUGCAAGGAAACUGCGUAUAUGUAUAUAAUACAUAUACAUGUAUGCACGCAGUGUAAUGUAUAAAUAUGAAACAAAACCUUUACGGCAGUUUGUAAAUAAAGACAUUGCCAAACA